AUGUCCAUCAUCCAACAGGUCACCAGCGCCUCCCUCACGGACAACUGGCGCACCAUCAACAUCGACGCACUCGAUCCCGAAUCCUCUCAGAACUUCGACGUCUCGACCCUCCACCCGGCCCUGGCCCCGGUCUCCGAGUCCGAGAUCCGCGCCAUCGGCCAGCAGGUGCGCCAGCUGCUCCGGGGUGGCGACGCCGAGGGGGCCCUGCGGGGAGCGCUGGAGAGCGCACCGUACGGAGGCGACGCGGCGGUCAAGGAGGAGCAUCUGAAGACCGUCACCGAGGUGUUGCAGGGCGUGCGGGCGAGCGAGAUGACACCGAUGCUGCAGCGCAUCUUUGGGAGCGAGGGCGGCGGCGAGGUGCUGGAUGUGCUGAUGAAGUAUCUGUACAAAGGCAUGGCCGCUUCCGGCGCUGGCUCCACCAAGACCACUUCUCGCGGCUCGAAUCUCACGCCCCAAUCGACCGGAGCUGGCUUCUCGCAGAUGGGUGGGAGAUCGGGAGCACAGAGCGAGAGCAGUGGCUCGGCCAUGAGCGUGCUGCUUUCGUGGCACGAGAAGGUGGUGGAGGUUGCGGGACUGGGGUGCGUCGGACGGUGCAUGACGGACUGGAGAAAGGUGUAA